AUGGCCGACCCCCAAGAUACCGCAGCCGCGUCCCCCUCCUCGAACUUGAACUCCCAUCAGAGGACCAUAAUCUUGGCAACUACUCUAUCCAUAUGUAUCCCCCUCGCCCUCGGGCUACUCGUCUUCUUGUUCGUCUAUUGCAGGAGACGGCAGCGAGCGAAGAUAGAAAGGGAGUUGAUGGUCAAGGGCUUGGUUGGCGGUAGCUACCACGGUCGCGGGAAAAAAGGUUCGACGGACUCGAAGACGAGUUCCACCACCAAGUUGGAUCCAACAACGGGGACGGCCAAUUCUUCGCUUCCCAAUCUCCCCCAAUCCUACUUCCCGCCAGGUUUCGACCCAUCCACUCUCCCGCCGAACUUCACGUUUGACCCCACCGCCACCAUCAGCCCCCAGGAAAUGGCCGCUCUGCAAUCGCAAUAUGCUCAGUGGGCAAUGUAUCAGCAGUACAACAAUUACCCCCACACUCACCCACGGUAUACCAUAAAUACGCUCUCCACCAUCACCGAGGCUAGUCCGUUCCUGGGCAGUCCCGUGAGCAUUGGAAUGAGUUCGCCGCAGAGCUGGCACACGGCUGCUCCAUCUCUAUCACCUUCUUCGGCGUUUGGCGCUUCUCCUGGGGAGAAUAGCGAUGCGCAGCGGGAGUUUGGCUGCGUACCCCUGCCGCCUGCAACCACGACGUUGUCUAGUUUGGGGACAGGAUUUACAGGAUUUGGGGACGGAACGCUGAGUAGUAGGGGAACGGGCGGGCAUAGCGUGGAGCCGCCUGCAUAUCGUGGUAGUACAGAGGGAAGGGAAAGGACGCGAGGGAGACACUAG